AUGAAAAAUGAAGAAGUCGACAUAUCAGGAAGAGAAAUCAACGGCUUCCGCGUCAUCAAACCAAUCGGCCAAGGCAAAUUUUCUAUCGUCUACAAAGCCGAACGAAUCAGCGACGACACUCCUGUAGCUCUCAAAAUGAUCAAGGCAAAUUUUAUUUAGAUUUUUGACAUGAUGGACCCAGCUCAGCGUGACAAAUGUCUUAAAGAAGUCAGGCUGCUCGAAUCCUUAAACCAUCCAAAUAUCAUCAAAUACCUUGAUUCUUUUAUUGCAGAUAAUGAGCUUUUAAUUGCAAUUGAAUGAGCUGAAAAAGGGGAUUUAAAAAGAGUUAUCAAGCGGGCGCAAAGUGAGGAAUCGUCUAUUGAGGAAAGCAAAAUCUGAGAAUAUAUGUACCAAAUAGCCUCAGCGCUGAAGCAUAUGCAUGAUAAAAGAAUAAUGCACAGAGAUCUCAAGCCAGCAAAUAUUUUCAUUUCGGCUGAUAAUUCAUUGAAAUUAGGAGAUUUAGGAUUAGGAAGGUACUUGUCAAGCCAGACUAUUGAAGCGUUUUCGAGGGUAGGGACGCCGCUUUAUAUGUCUCCAGAGGUGCUGAAAGGGAACGGGUAUGACUGGAAAUCUGAUGUCUGGAGCUUAGGGUGUGUGGUUUAUGAGCUGGCUUGUUUGAGGUCGCCGUUUAAACAAGAUGACCAAAAAAUGAGCUUAUUCUGAAGGGUAUUAAUUAAUUAUUUAUAAAAAAUAAUAUAUUUUUUUUAUUUAUUGUUAUGAUAAGGCAUAUAUGAUCUUUUUAAUACUAUUAACAAAGGAGAAUUCCCACCUCUCCCAGAAAGAUAUAGCGAAGAAUUAAGGCAGCUUGUGAACUCAAUGAUCCAGGUUGACCCGAAAAACAGACUUUCAAUAGACCAAAUCGUCGAACUCUGCGAAAUCCAUACAAAAACUGCCCCAAAAAAAUCAAAAAUUGACCCAUUUUUGGUGAUGGACGAUAUUUAUGAAAAAUUAAAACUGCUGGAUUAUGAAAAUAAUUUUUGUAAAAUUUUUAAAAGGCAGCCUGUAUCCAGGGUUUAUUUUUGCCACCCAAUAGAUUCCCAAACCCAAUUAGCUUAUUGUUAUGAUCUGGCAAACUGAUUAAUGUCAUUCAAUAAUAAAAUGGCUUCUGGUGAGAGGAGUCGGUGAAUUUCCUCUCUCCUUCACCCUAAUUUUAUUAUUAUAAGGUCAAGUUUUACACGUGCACUUCUGUCUGAUAGAGAAGAAAUGGCAAAGGUUUUCUUGCUUUGUCCAUAAGCAACGUGUUUUAAUUCUUUCUACUGCUCAAUAAAGGCAGAACCCUUAGACCAAACAGGCUUGAGGAAAGUCGAAUAGAGCGAGGCAACGCGCCAAGCCGCUGGCGGUUCCAGUACUUCUGGACUCUCAAAUGGCUUCACAGGAGCUAGAAAAAUUGGUCUUUGUCAUUAGGGCAUACGAAUAAUCAGAUUAGCGACCAAAAAAGGAAAAUGGGACUUAUGGUCCUGCACAUCUAGAAGUCCUGCUUGAUGUGAGUUAAAUUAAUUAAUCGAAGUCUAAGAUUAAUGUCAUUCAGCAAGCUAAAGCAGCGAAAAGGGCCAAUAAGUUCUCCUCUCGGCCCUGUUUUAGAUUUUGACUCUUUUGCAGAUCCUCGUGAAGUUUCCAAACAAAUUCUUUCAGAUGCCAGAUCUUUUGGGGCAAAAAUCCCAGAAAGCGUUACUUUUCAAUCAAUUUCUCUAGGAUAUGGUGAAAGUGUAUGCUAUUUAAUCAACGAAUUAUUAUACCAUUUAAUUAAAAAUAUUUUUUUAUAAAAUAAUAAUCAGCAUAGCAUUAUAGUCUUUUCUUAUAGGAUAAAUAAAGAACUUAUCCGUCGAGAUUUCAAAUUUUUGGCUCCCACAAUAAACGGCCAAGAAAUAUACAAGAUCGACACAAAUUCAGGCGAAGAAAUUUUUGAAGAAAUUGAUGCAGAUUUCAAUGAAAAUAAUAUCAUGAAAUAUAAUGAGCAAGUCGAAGAAGACGAAGAACCCCCGAGGACUGAGUCUACAAAUAUAUCAGAUAAUGUUAUAAAGGAAGAGGAAAUCGCAAUGGGAAUUGUGGAGUCUUCAGUUUCGCCUGAAGAAUGAAUGGCAGAGGUACAGAGAAUUGAAAAGCAGCUAGUCUAUGCAGAAGAAGAUAUUGGUUUGUAUGAAGAAGAUUGGCAAAGCCGAAUACAACAAUUUAUAGAGUCUCUUCAUAAUGUCCAGAAAUUUGUGACGGAAGGAAACUUGAAGUAUUUAGAAAAAAUGACUGAUGGGCUUACAGAAGAGCUGGAACGAAUUAAUAAAGGUGAAGUGAUAAUACAAAAAUUCUGCCAAAAAGAUAUAGAUGAAUUGAAGUUAAUUAUGCAAAAAAAGAAAGAAUUAGCAGGAAAAUUAAAUUAUGUGAGAAAUAAAGCUGGAAUUAUUUUUUACAUAAAAAAAACUUAUUAAUUAUACUAAUUAUUUUUAUAAAAAAUGAGUCUAAAUAAAGUUUCUCAGCAAUGUGAAGAAUUUGACAAAAUAAAAGAACAAGAAAACACCCUCAACAAAUGGUCAAGCAUAAAACCUACACCACCUCACUUUUAAUCAACAUUUGAAUUUUUAAUAAAAAUUCUCUCCUAUAUAAGCGACCUAUAUCAGAUAUAUCGAUAAAUACAAAUUUAAGUAAAUCUACAGUAUCUUGUUCACAAGAAUAUUCGGCAGUAGAUUUUUUAUGGUUGACCAAACAAAACCAUAGAAAAACGAGUGUCUGAAUUGAAUGAUACAAAUCCUUUAGAAGGCAUAAAAGCUGGCCUAUUAUCUCUAAAAGAACAAAUAAAAUCCCUAAAUUACGAGACAGCUCUCGCAAGGUUCCAGCUGGACCAGUUUUCUUCAAAAGGCUAA